ACAGCCCAGGCGACAGGAGGGAACUUCAGUAGCCAGGAGGAGCCAGGACAUGGACCUCAUCGACUACCCCACAUAUGAUUAUGAAAAUACAACCCUAAACUUCGAUGAUCCUGUGGACGGCCCUCACAUCCCCCAGAUGCCUUUUGGGGACAUUGUGGCCCUGAUCAUCUACUCGGCCGUGUUCCUGGUGGGAGUUCCCGGGAACGCGCUGGUGGUGUGGGUGACAGCAUGCGAGGCCAGACGCACCAUCAAUGCCAUCUGGUUUCUAAAUCUGGCAAUGGCUGACCUCCUCUCGUGCUUGGCGCUGCCCAUCCUGUUCACGACCAUUAUUAACCAUAACUACUGGCACUUCAGCUCCCUGGCCUGCACGGUCCUGCCCUCACUCAUCCUGCUCAACAUGUAUGCCAGCAUCCUGCUGCUGGCCGCCAUCAGUGCCGACCGUUUCCUGCUGGUGUUCAACCCCAUCUGGUGUCAGAAGGUCCGAGGGACUGGCCUGGCGUGGAUGGCCUGCGGGGUGGCCUGGGUCCUGGCCCUGCUCCUCACCAUCCCGUCCUUCAUGUUCCGUCAGGUGCAUGAGGACCUGGAGUCAAAAAUGAUGUGUGGCGUUAACUACGGGAAGGGAGGCCUCCAGAAGGAGAGGGCUGUGGCUGUUCUUCGGCUGGUCUUGGGUUUCGUGUGGCCUCUGCUCACUCUCAGCAUUUGUUACACCUUCCUGCUGCUCAAGACCUGGAGUCGCAAGGCCACGCGCUCCACCAAGACCGUCAAGGUGGUGGCGGCCGUGGUGACCUGUUUCUUCGUCUUCUGGCUGCCCUAUCAGGUCACGGGGGUGAUGAUGGCCUGGCUGCCUGUAGCCUCGCCCACUUUCAAAAAGGUAAAGAAGCUGGACUCACUGUGUGUGUCCCUGGCCUACAUCAACUGCUGUGUCAAUCCUAUCAUCUACGUCAUGGCCGGCCACGGUUUCCACGGGCGGCUCCGCAGGUCGCUCCCGAGCAUCAUCCGGAACGCGCUCUCAGAAGACGCGGUGGGCAGGGACAGCAGGACCUUCACGCGGUCCACUGUGGACACCUCCACCCAGAAGAGUCAGGCAGUGUAGUGGAGGCACCAGGACUGGUCCAGCCCUUCCUUUUCUCAGCCCCUCUCCUCCUGCUCCUUCUUCCUCCCUUCUCUGUGCAUGUUUCAUUUUAUGCGACUCUCUCCAAGUUGCCCCAACUAGCCUGGAGCUCAGGAUCCUCCUGAAUGCUGAGAUUAGAGGCAGGAAUUCCUUUGAAGAAGAGCGUCACAUUGAGAGAUUACUUGACUCUCUUUCUGAGGCCCGCCCCGCUCAGGCUGCUCACCUGCAGUCGCUGGGCAGAUGCUGGGGGCUGUAUGACUAGAGAAGCAGAGAAUUCUUUUUUUUUUUUUAUGCCACUGGGGAUUGAACUCGGGGCUCACAGAUAACAGUCAAGCAAACUACCACUGAGCUAUAGGCCCCGACUCCAGACAAUCAGUAACCACCCACCCUUCGUUUCUUUUCUUUUUUUCUUUCUUUUUUUGAGACAAGGUCUUAAGUAGACUAGUCUGGCCUUGAACUCCAGAUCUUCCUUCCACCAUCCUCCAAGGGUUGUGACUGUAGGCUUGUGCCACUGUGCCCAACCAUCCUUUAUUUCUACAAUUUUGUCUUUUUAUGAAUGGAAUUCGAUGGAAUCCAGCAUACCCAAGCUUUGUAAAAACAAAUAUGUGUGGCUUACAUGAUAAAGAGCUUUUUUG